AUGGAGGAGCUGGUGGGCCUGCGCCGAGGCUCCCCUGGGACCCCGGUGGCACUUCGAGAGCUGUGGGGUCCGUGCCCUCGCCUCCGCCGAGGCAUCCGAGGGGCCCUGGAGUGGCUCAAGCAGAAGCUGUUUCGCGUGCGCGAAGACUGGUACUUCCUGAUGAUCCUCGGCGUGCUCAUGGCCCUCAUCAGCUUCGCCAUGAACUUCGCCAUCGGCCGCGUGGUUCGAGCACACAAGUGGCUGUACCGGGAGAUUGGGGACAGCCACCUGCUCCGGUACCUCUCCUGGACCGUCUACCCCGUGGCCCUCGUCUCCUUCUCCUCCGGCUUCUCCCAGAGCAUCACACCCUUCUCCGGAGGCUCGGGACUCCCCGAGCUGAAGACCAUCUUGUCGGGCGUGAUUCUGGAGGACUACCUGGACAUCAAGAACUUCGGGGCCAAGGUGGUGGGUCUCAGCUGCACGCUGGCCUCGGGCAGCACCCUCUUCCUGGGCAAAGUGGGCCCUUUCGUGCACCUGUCGGUGAUGAUCGCUGCCUACCUGGGACGCCUGCGCACCAGGACUGUUGGGGAACCCCAGAACAAGAUCAAACAGAACGAAAUGCUGGUGGCUGGCGCGGCGGUGGGUGUGGCCACGGUCUUCGCAGCCCCCUUCAGCGGUGUCCUGUUCAGCAUUGAGGUCAUGUCGUCCCACUUCAACGUCUGGGAUUACUGGAGGGGUUUCUUCGCUGCCACCAGUGGGGCCUUCAUGUUCCGCCUGCUGGCAGUCUUCAACAGUGAGCAGGAAACCAUCACCUCCCUUUUCAAGACCAGCUUCCGCGUGGAUGUCCCCUUUGACCUGCCCGAGAUCUUCUUCUUUGUGGCACUGGGGGCCAUCUGCGGCAUCAUGAGCUGCGCCUACCUCUUCUGCCAGCGGACCUUCCUCGGCUUCAUCAGGACCAAUCCCUUCACCUCCAGACUGUUGGCCACCAGCAAGCCGCUGUACUCAGCCCUGGCCGUCCUGAUCCUGGCCUCCAUCACCUACCCGCCCGGGGUGGGCCGCUUCAUGGCUUCUCGGCUGUCCAUGAAGGAACACCUGGACACGCUCUUUGAAAGCCAGUCGUGGGCUCUGAGGACGAGGAAUGCGACCCCGAUCUGGCCAGCCGAGCCGGACCCCCAGAAUCUCUGGCUGGAGUGGAACCCACAGCCAUUCACGGUCUUCGGGACCCUCGCCUUCUUCCUCCUCAUGAAGUUCUGGAUGCUCAUCCUGGCCACCACCAUCCCGAUUCCCGCCGGCUACUUCAUGCCCAUAUUCAUCUGGGGCGCUGCCAUCGGGCGCCUCCUGGGCGAGGCCCUGUCCCUCGCCUUUCCGGAGGGCAUCGUGGCUGGAGGGGACGUCAACCCCAUCAUGCCUGGGGGCUACGCCCUGGCAGGAGCCGCGGCCUUCUCCGGCGCCGUGACCCACACCAUCUCCACGGCCCUGCUGGCCUUUGAGCUGACCGGCCAGAUUGUGCACGCGCUGCCGGUGCUGCUGGCGGUGCUGGCGGCCAACGCCAUCGCGCAGAGCUGCCAGCCCUCCUUCUACGAUGGCACCAUCCUGGUGAAGAAGCUGCCUUACCUGCCGCGGAUCGUGGGCCGCAACCUCGACCCCCACCGUGUGCUUGUGGAGCAUUUCAUGAACAGCUCUCUCACCACGCUGGCCAAGGAUGCACCGCUAGAGGAAGUGGUCAAGGUCGUGACCUCCACAGACGUGGCCGAGUACCCACUUGUGCAGAGCGCAGACUCUCAGAUCCUGGUGGGCACCGUGAGAAGGGCCCAGCUGGUGCAGGCCCUCCAGGAGGAGCCCCCUCCAUGGGCACCAGGACAGCAGCGGUGUCUCCAGGACAUCCUGACUAGGGGCUGCCCCACAAAGCCAGUGACUCUCCAGCUGACGCCAGAGACCUCCCUGCACCAGGCACACAGCCUCUUUUUGUUGCUGAAACUUGAGUCUCUCUUCGUGACAUCUCGGGGCAGAGCUGUGGGAUUCGUGUCUUGGGUUGAGCUGAGGAAAGCCAUUUCCAACCUGAUAAACCCGCCAGCCCCGAAGUGA